ACUAAUGAUAGAUAAUAUGCAAUAUACUUUACCUAUAUCGAUGACAGCUUUAAAAAUCUGCAUUAUUUGGUACAAACAAGAAGGUACAUCAUGUUUAGCAGAGUGUUUUCUUAUCAUAAUAACAUUUAUCUUUUAUUGAAUUUGUAAACGUACAAAAAUAUCCGUAGAAAAAUAACACAUUAGUCUCUCUUAUAGUUUUAGCACCUCUAAUUGAUAUGAUUGAAGGAGAUUGGAUGAAGGUAAAGAUUAAAGAGGAGCGAGGCGUUAUGCUAAGAUAUGCCAGGAUUUCUCGAGCGAUCGCUGUAUGCGCACUAUUCUUGAUAUUUUCUGCAUUAAUCGUUAUAUUGGGUUUACCGUGGCUCGAAAUAACGAAGAGAUUAGUGACUAAUUUAACGGAGUCUGGAAAACAUUUGCCGAUAUCAUUAUACUACCUACACGAUGUCACAAAAAGUCCACAGUUCGAGCUGACGCUACUGGCGCAAACAAUCGCAUUGUCCAUAGGUGGUAUCUCUUACACUGCAAUCGACAACUUGUUCGCACUAUUGGUUUUUCACGUGUGUGGUCAAUUAGAAAAUUUACAUUUGCGGUUUUCACAUAUGAAGAAGUAUUCCAACUACGAUGAAAUUUUAAAAUAUAACGUCCGGGAUCAUAUUCGUUUGAUCAGGUACACAAGCUAGAUUGUCAAGCAAGUCUAUCUAAAUAGAAAUUGUUCGAACAAUCGAGUAUUUAAGCACGAUAUAAAAUUAUAUCUUUCUCUAAAGAGCAGUUGCUGUUUCAGAUCUGUCGAAGUUAUCGAUGAUUCUUUCAGUUUAAUGUUUAUGUUUGACGACAGACGCUUCCUUCUGCGCUCCGGUAACAUUUGUAUGAAAUGACACGUGUUGCUAAUAUGGCCAACCUAUAGUGCCAUAACCUAUAAUGCUAUAUAUGAUUGAGCAUUAUCAAAAUGUUUUUACUUUUCUACUUUCAGAUAUGAAUUCUGAUCUUCUAAAAAAGAAGCGUAGUAAAUGGACACAAGAAAAUCUG